AUGCUUUUGACGAAAGUUCAGAAAAAUUCUUUACAAUUUGUUUGGCAAGAAUUUGGAAAGGAUUUUACAUUUACUAUUUGUAAUGCUGAAGUUCACAAAAUUUUUCCUAUUCAUUUUUCUUAUCAAAAUCAAACUAAAAAGAAACAAACUUUGAUCUGUAGUCUUAAACGAAAAAGUGAAGAACUUGAGAAAAUUUGUGAUAACGAAGAAAGUUCUAUUAUUCAUAGAAUAAGCUUGGAAGUAAAUGGAAAAAACAUUACUCCAGAAUCUACACAGACUCUUAUGGUAAUACAUGAAGAGAAGAAAGUUGCAUUGUAUAACAUUAACCAUAAUAUCAAAAAGUUAAAAGAUAAAGUUACACAACUUCACAAUGAAAAAUCUAAUUUGAACGAUAAAACUGAUCUAAAUCAAAGAUUUGAGAAAAUAAAAAAGGCAGUACAUGAUAUUUUAAAUGAAAAAAUUUGGGAUCUACAAUCUUAA